AUGGCCAUGGACUCACCCUCUGAAACCGUGAGAAAGGAGCAGCUGGGAGGAAACAGGAAACAGCCACAGCCAGGGAAGGACACAAACAACAACAGGGAAGUAACCACGUGCAGCCUCACACCUGACCUGGGCAGGGAUAUAAAGGCCCAGGCUCAGGAGGCUCCACACUGCACAUCUUCCCUCUCCACCUGCUCCUCUGACCUACUCCAUCCUCAACCCAACACCAGAACCAUGAGCUGCUGUGGCUGUUCCAGAGGCUGUGGCUCCAGCUGUGGGGGCUGUGGCUCCUGUGGCUCCAGCUGCUGCAAGCCUGUGUGCUGCUGCAAGCCAGUGUGCUGCUGUGUGCCCACCUGCUCCUGCUCCAGCUGUGGGGGCUGCAAGGGAGGCUGUGGCUCCUGUGGAGGCUGCAAGGGAGGCUGUGGCUCCUGUGGAGGCUGCAAGGGAGGCUGUGGCUCCUGUGGAGGCUGCAAGGGAGGCUGUGGCUCCUGUGGGGGCUGCAAGGGAGGCUGUGGCUCCUGUGGGGGCUGCAAGGGAGGCUGUGGCUCCUGUGGAGGCUGUAAGGGAGGCUGUGGCUCCUGUGGGGGCUGCAAGGGAGGCUGUGGCUCCUGUGGAGGCUGCAAGUCCUGCUGCUGUAAGCCCUGCUGUUCUUCAGGCUGUGGGUCUUCCUGCUGCCACUGCUGUGGCUGUUCCGGAGGCUGUGGCUCCAGCUGUGGGGGCUGUGGCUCCUGUGGCUCCAGCUGCUGCAAGCCUGUGUGCUGCUGCAAGCCUGUGUGCUGCUGUGUGCCCACCUGCUCCUGCUCCAGCUGUGGGGGCUGCAAGGGAGGCUGUGGCUCCUGUGGAGGCUGCAAGGGAGGCUGUGGCUCCUGUGGGGGCUGCAAGGGAGGCUGUGGCUCCUGUGGAGGCUGCAAGGGAGGCUGUGGCUCCUGUGGGGGCUGCAAGGGAGGCUGUAGCUCCUGUGGAGGCUGUAGCUCCUGUGGAGGCUGCAAGGGAGGCUGUGGCUCCUGUGGGGGCUGUAGCUCCUGUGGAGGCUGCAAGGGAGGCUGUGGCUCCUGUGGGGGCUGUUGUCAGUCCAGCUGCUGCAAGCCCUUUUGCUGUCAGUCCAGCUGCUUCCAGCUGUUGCAAGCCCUGCUGCUGUCAGUCCAGCUGUUGCAAGCCCUGCUGCUGUCAGUCCAGCUGUUGCAAGCCCUGCUGCUGUCAGUCCAGCUGUUGCAAGCCCUGCUGCUGUCAGUCCAGCUGCUGUAA